CCCCUGAACUACAACAUUUGUGGAAAAUCUCUUGUUGUGUCUUGUUGUCUUUGGGUGGUGCUGUUGAACUUCAAGUCGUCAUGUCUGAACAGAACUGGGAGAAGAUUGCCGCGUCCAAGCGCGCAGCGCUCGCGGAACAGAUUCCGACCGAGUAUCGCGUACCAAAAGACCUCCUACCACCAGACUCUCAGCUUGACGUUACACCGUGGCCCAAGGAAUCGAAUUGGUUCGCGCCAAAAGAGUUGGAGAUUACGGAUAGUACUGCAUCGCGGAUCCUUGAGCAAGUCGCGUCGAAAACAUGGAGCUCGGAGGAGGUGACGCGAGCGUUCUGCAAGCGCGCUGCUGCAGCCCAGCAACUGACCAACUGUUUGAGUGACACUUUUUUCGACGAAGCCAUAGAGACAGCCAAAUCUCUAGACGAUCACCUGCAACGGACUGGGAAGGUUAUUGGACCGUUGCACGGUCUACCAGUAUCCCUGAAAGAUAACUUCAACGUAGCUGGUAAAGAUAGUACAGUAGGCUUUACAUCGUUAGCCAACAAGCCAGCCGAAUAUAAUGCAACAUUGGUGGAUCUGCUAGAGAAGCUGGGCGCCGUGCGGUAUUGCAAAACAAACGUGCCGACUGCGAUGAUGAUUGCCGAAUCAGUGAACAAUUGUUUCGGACGCACGGUGAAUCCACUGAACCGCAAGCUGACGUCAGGCGGUUCCUCGGGUGGUGAAUCAGCUCUGAUCACUUUUGGUGGUAGCCCGUUAGGAGUUGGUACUGACAUCGGUGGAAGCUUGCGCAUUCCAGCAGCAUGUACAGGUAUCUUUACUCUUCGCCCAUCCUUCGGUAGAUUUCCUACUCAGCGAUGCCGCCCCGGUUUAGCAGGACAGGAAGCCGUUCAUAGUGUAAACGGGCCAAUGGGGAAGACCCUUGAAGAUAUUGCGAUGUACUCGAAAGUGAUCGUCGACGCACAGCCAUGGCUUGUUGACCCAAAGAUGCUGCCAAUACCCUGGCGACAAGUAGAACUCAAGACGAAACUGAAGAUUGCUGUCUUAUGGAACGACGGGAUCUGUUUACCCACACCACCAGUGACGAGAGCUUUGAAGGAGACUGUGGAGAAGUUGAAGCAGGCUGGCCACGACAUCGUCCAGUGGGACCCUGAGCACCAUGCUAAAGCCUUGGAACUUUUGGGACGCUUCUUUGUUGCAGACGGCGGAAAGAGUAUCGAGACAUUACUAACGCCAACUGGAGAACCGUACCGCCCGGAAAUGGUGCAGUAUAAAGACGCAAAGGAAUUGGGCGUUCAUGGCUUAUGGCAGCUACAUCUGGAGCGGUCUGAGGUGCAGAGGCAGUACCUCGAGCAGUGGAUGUCGUACGGUGGUCUUGACGCCAUAUUAGCGCCCACGACACCAUACGCAAGUGUGCCACACGAGCACUUCAAAUACGUCGGAUAUACCGGGGUCUACAAUAUCGUCGACUACUCUGCCGUAUCUUUCCCAUGUGGAGUCGUUGUCGACAAAGCCAAGGACAAGCCUGCUGCCGAUUACAAAUCCCAGACCACGUUCUGUCAAGCUACUCGAGAUAGCUAUGACGCUGAGCUCGUACACGGAAUGCCUGUCAGUUUGCAGCUUAUUGCGAACAGACUGGAAGAGGAAAAGGUUCUUGCCAUGACAGCGACCGUGCUCCAAGCCAUCAAUGCUUGACCUGAAGAUCAGCUAUAGUGUAUCAUUGAUGUCGGUAUGGCCUUGAUACUCUAUGUCGUCUGUAAGCUGGAACUGCCGUUGGAAGAGACACGAAUUGAGACUGCCAAAGCUCGAAAAGCUAGUGUUGCCGAGGAAGGGGCAAUUGCAGCACACGUGGUGCAAACAAACGUACCGAACUCCAACUUAUCUAUCUUUGCUACGACGCCAAAUUCAUACGUCCCUCGUCGCCUAUCCUUUUUAUCUCACCUCUUUUGCGACCAGCUUCCCCUACCUUGAGAUCUGUGUGCUAUUUGCACAU